CGAUGAAAAAUCGAUUUGCCCAGCUUGCCGAUAAAGUUGUUGUUUGCCCCAGAUUUACUUUUAAUUUCGAAUUGAACUAAUUUCCGGGAUUUCCGAGUGUAAAUCCUGCUAGCAAGACCAUGCUUAGGCCCCAGAUAUCAAUGCCGGCGCUCCAGCCACCUGGCAAACGAAAGAAGCCCGCGGAACUGGAGCUGGCCUGCGGAUGGCGCGGUUGCCAGGAGAUUUGCACUGGCGAGUGGAACCUAAAUGAGCAUAUUGCCGAGCACCUGGAGCACUAUGCACGGGCGCAGGACAAUCGGGGUGCGAAUUCGGAGCACAGUGCAGCACAGGAGCAUCAGUGCACAUGGAACUCCUGCGAUUUCAGCACCGCGAACCGCGUGGAAUUCGAACGGCAUGCGUACUACCACGGAUACUACUUGAACCUCCUCCUGCAGGGGCAACUGGAGUGCGAUCUGCAUCCGGAGAUCCCCGCCUGCACUGCUCCGGCCCGCCUCAUGGAUAAGCUGCCCGCUCUGGGCCAGAACUUUCGAUGUGGCUGGACCGAUUGCGAGAGGGAGUUUGUUUCGAUUGUGGAGUUCCAGGACCACAUUGUUAAGCACGCCCUCUUCGAGUAUGAUAUACAGAAGACGCCCGAGGACGAGCGCCCCAAGACGAUGUGCAACUGGGCCAUGUGCCACAAGCACAUGGGCAACAAGUACCGCCUCAUCGAACACAUCAGCACCCACUCCAACAAGAAGCAGGUGGCCUGCUUCCACUGCGGCGAACUGUUUCGCACCAAGACUACGCUCUUCGAUCACCUGAGACGCCAGCCGGAUAACAACACGAACAGCUUCCAGUGCGCACAAUGCUUCAAGUUCUUCGCCACCAAGAAGCUGCUUAAAAGCCACGUGGUGCGGCACGUUAACUGCUACAAGUGCACCAUGUGCGACAUGACCUGCAGCUCGGCCAGCUCGCUGACCACCCACAUUCGGUACCGCCACCUCAAGGACAAGCCGCUCAAGUGCAGUGAGUGCGACACACGCUGCGUUCGCGAGUCGGAUCUAGCCAAGCACGUCCAGAUUGUCCACUCGAAGACGGUGCACCAGUGCGAGCAUCCCGACUGUCACUAUUCUGUGCGCACCUACACGCAGAUGCGAAGGCACUUCCUGGAGGUGCACGGCAACAAUCCCAUUCUGUACGCCUGCCACUGCUGCGAGCGCUUCUUCAAGAGCGGCAAGUCCCUCUCCGCUCACCUCAUCAAGAAACACGGCUUCCAUCUGCCUUCGGGCCACAAGCGAUUCACCUACCGGGUGGACGAGAACGGGUUCUACCGCCUGGAGACGACGCGCAUCGAGAGCUUGGAGGUGACCCAGCAAAUACUAUCGCCGCAGGUGAACGUCUCGCUGGAGAUCGACCUGAAGCCAGGCACAGGAUCCUGCUACGAGAUCGUUGAUCCCACAAACACCGAGUUUGAGCGCAUCAUCGUCUCUAGCGAUCCGCACGAGGCGCAGCUGAUGGGCGAAGUGGUCAUCUCGCUGCCCAGCCUAACGGAGGAACUGUGAGGCAUUCCAGAGAGUCGACCGGCAACCAACAAUUUUGAUCUCGUGUGCCCUUUACAUUAAGCAUUUAGACCUACGUAGAACCUAAAGCGACAGGACGACAGCACCCAGGGACGCAAUGCCCAAUGCACAAAAGAAACCUAAUCGUAGUGCUUAAGGAAGGAGGAAAGUCAAGGCGUCAUGCCACUCUGGGAAUUGAAUAACAUUAGCAGCUUAAGGGUGUAAUUCUGCAGUACUUAUAGGAUAAGACCAUUUCGACUUGUUUUUAUUGCUUUUGCGACUAUUUGCCUUAUUUUUGUAAACUCAUUGUACCCAACUCUUUGUUUUUUAGCAAUUUAUAUAGCAAUGUUCAAUGUUUAUUUCCCCUUGUAUUCGGUUCUUACUUUAUUAGCCUGUAAACUCGAAAAGUUUCCUUCACUGGCCAUAUAUUUUAGUUCAUUUCCAUUUAACUUAACCAUUUAAAGCCGUACGCGUAAUACUUUCUUAACUCCAAAGACAACAAAAGAAUUUCAAGGGCUAGUUAGUUUUUGUAAGUGGAAGCUAGUAAUUGGUAUCAAAGCCGAAGAAUGCAUUGAUUAUUAACGAUCAUAUCUACAAACAGUUUUCUUUGUGCGAAAUGUCUGUAAGUAGGCAAUAAGUGAAUUGACAUUACUUUUUAAGUUAUGUAGCGAAUACAAAACGUAGCAUCAAGUUAUUAGUUAUAACUAUUUCUCAUUCGAAAGCUGUCUCUAUUCCUGACGCACUUAUCUAUAUUCUGAAAAAAUAUACAAACAAAUGCA